AUGGAGCAUUUGGGGCAUAUGCAAAGGGAAUCAGAAGGAUCGAUUUCUUUGUCCUUCACUCAGUAUGAGUGUGAACCUGUCAUGGGUGAAAAGAAACCGUCAGUGUUACAAUAUUUUACAUACUUUACUUUCCUAUUUGGAAAGCUGUUCAAAGUAUCCGGCUCGGCCUGGAUAAAAGCCGCUCACUGGCUUACGAUUGCACCGUCACAUCGGCAUCUCUCGCACGUCACUCGUUUCGGAUGCUUGCUCAACUCCAACUCGUUCUUCUGCUCAUUUGCUUGUUGCUGCUCAGUUUGCCGUCCGAGGCUUGCCUCGGAGGCUUUGGAGGAGGAGGAGGAGGUGGAGGAUGUUGCGGUCAACCAGCUUGCCCAACCCCAUGUGGAUAAAAAUAGUCACUUGCCACUUGCCUUCGAGAUCUUGGGAAUCACUCUUCAUAUGGCCUGA